GUCGACCCUUUCCAGGCACCCACGAAGGAGGUCUUGGCCAAAGCCGAGGAGGACGUGAACCGCAUCUAUCGGCAGUUCUCCAGCUUCGUGAAAGGCAACCGCCCAAAUCUCACGAUUGAGGAGAUCAAAGACGACAUAGAAGUUGCCACUGGCGAAGUGUGGUUUGGGGCCGAUGCGCUGGAAAAGGGCUUGGUGGACGAGCUCCAGACCUCCUCGGAGUAUUUGCUCUCGCUGAUGACGCAGGGCCACGAGGUGCUGAGCUUGACUUACAUGCAGAGUCGUUCCGGCCUUGGGAGUCUGGUGGGUGCGCUAGGCCCGGUAGGCUCAGAGUUGGCCAGCGCGUCAGAGUUGGCCCAAGUCUUGCGGCAAUCGGCCGAUCCGGGAUCCCUCUCGGAGUCAGAGGCACUGCAGGCACUCAAGGUCGCGGGGGCGAAGCUCCUAAGUGACUCGACUCAGACUUGGCCGCCCUCUCUUCCAGAGCCACGUGUGCAAGCCCGGGGGCCCUUGGGAUCUUUCGGAGACCGUGGUUUCUAA